UGCUAACACUUCCUUAGAGCUCGACAUGGAGUAUCGCUAUUGGACGUUCAUGGAGUCACAUCCGGCUCACGUGCCCUUGCCCGAGAAUGCCCUAGCAGAGGCGAUGAACACCCUGACAUGGUGCUAUACUGAUUGCCUGUUACCCUCACAGCAGACCGUCCCACCGCCUUUCACUCCCCAAGAGUGCCAGGAGCUUAUGGGCUUGUUACGCUCUUCUAAUGGCGACGCCCCGAGCAACAGGAUUGUGCAUACUCGCAUCGUCGCGCGCGUGCUCCUCCGUCAAGCUCACUGGCGCCAGCAACAGUUCCGCCCAGACCGCCCAUUCCCCAGCGACUCGAGGAAGAGUGCGAGGGCCCUGACUGAGAGCCGUGUGACGCUCCGGCGCAUAUUCAUGGACCUGAUCAUGUCUGUGUUCUGUCUCGGUAUCCCGUACCUCUUCAUGGGACGCAGCUUCCACCAUAGAGUUGACGAAGAGAGCGGCAUGCGCAGCCAGGGCCCCUUCCUUGUCAUCAGCGCAUGCGCGUGCCUCAUAGCUGCAGUGAUCCUAAGUGCGUCGGUGACGCUGCUCACGCUUCCUGGACUCGACGAUAUUGCGCGCCUCGCUGGCAUGAUUGCAAUCCUCUUGUCGGCAUCCAGCAUGGUCUCAGCCGUCGCCGCCCUCUUCAAGUACAAGGCAGACAUAGAGCGCACGGUCGUGUACGUUGGCGGGGAAGGUCUUAUGGUGAUGUCGCGUCGGAGCAUUGUCCUGUCACUGCCCAUCGUCUUCCUUGCGUGGGCCAUCGCCGCGUUCAUCACUGGGAUCACGUUCUACUCGUUCAGAGGUGUCACCCUCACGAACAAAGUUGUCAUCCGCCAGCCAUUCGUUGAUUACACUCAUUGGGUCGUGGUGGGCAGCUUGGGCGGCCUCGUUGGCAUUUUGCUCGUCUCCGGCGUCAUGGCUCGACGCUGAACAGACGACCUGCGUUAUGAUCGGCAAUACCCAUACAAUGCAUGAGAUGCAUGUAUGUAUCAUCUUGUAGUACUGGCGGUUUGUAUGUACAUCAUGGUUGCGCCUAACGAAGCAAUGCUUUAUAUCACAACAGCCCCCGCUUACUACCAACAAAUCUCCUCGUUGAUCGUCAUCUUCUCCUUCUGUAACGGCCACAU